CAGUCCCAGCAGCGGAGUAAUGAGGAGAGAGAAAACGUCACUCCAAUCACCGUUUCUCUCUCCUCAAUUACUACAACUUUAGCUCACUCUCAGCCUUUCAAUUUCCUACCCCAUUAAUUCACUACCUGCCCACAUUGCCACACCACACCAUCAUUAAUUCACUCUCCCUUCCCAAAAGCAUUGAAGAAUUAAUUCACCCCCUGCCUACCCAAAACUACACGGCGCCCAAAAGCAUUCACUCUUUUUCCUUUACCCAAAACCCAAACAUUAUUUAAUACCCCAACCCCAUCUACUUAGCUUCUCUCUCAAAUAUUUACUCUCAGAGUUUCUCACCGAUCUUCAUAAAUGGUGUAACAAAAAAAAGUCUCACUCCUCAUCCUUCAUAAAUCCUCUUCUUUCUUCAAUUUUUUUUACCUUCAAUAAUAGUGUUUUUCUAAAAUUCACUUUCAACCUCCUAAUCUAUUUUCCUUUCCCAAGUGAGUUUCAACAAGAAUCAACAACGGAAAUUAGAAGCGGGUGACCGGUGACCGACGAACUACAGAAAAAUUUUCUGGUGAACCUGUGAAAAAACGGUUAACAGUUAUGGAUGCGAGACCAUUUCACCCUGGACCUGCUGACCCGUCUAUGCUAGAAUUUCAACCAAGGCAUCGAUGCACAUCUAUUUGGGACGACCCAAAUUAUGAUCCCCAUCUUAGUGUAUCUAGAUAUGACGGUCAAAUGUAUACUGAUGAACCUCGAGAGCCCCGAAUGAUUGCAUAUUUAAGGGUCCGCUGGGUUUUACGGUGUUGCACAUUUAGGUCAACGUAUUAAUAUCGAUCGCAGCCUAAUCGCAGCACUCGUAGAGAGAUGGCGGCCAGAGGUGCAUGCCUUUCAUUUUCCAUUUGGUGAGGUGGGCAUAACACUUCAAGACGUUGAAGUGUUAUUCGGUUUGAAGGUUGAUGGACUUGCAGUCACGGGCAAAGACAAGCGUCCAUGUAAUGAAUGGAUUGAGGAAUGUGACAGGUUGUUGGGUUUUCGGCCUUCCAUUGAAGUCGUUACGAUGAGCAAAAUAUAUGCUACCGCGUUACCACCCGUGCCUGUUUUGAAUGGGUGGCAUACUGAUGAGGAAGUAGAGCAAGCUACCCGGAUCCUUAUUCUUCACUUGUUAGGAGGUUUUCUAUUUCCUGACACAACGAAGAAUAAGGUGAAGUUAUUUUUUUUAAAUUUUUUAAACACCUUUGAAGGCUGCGGUCAGUAUAGUUGGGGGUCUGCGGUUUUAGCCUAUUUGUAUAGGGCAAUGUGUCGUGCAGCCGACUUUGAGUCAUCCACAGCUUGUGGGUGCCUCAUAUUAUUACAAAUAUGGGCAUGGCAAAGACUGCCUAUGGUGAGGCCCCAAGGAAUAUUGCCUUUGAACAACCUCGGUGAUUUGCCAUAUGGGGCGAGGUGGUUUUGUCCGCAUGAAUGGCCGAUAGUGACGACACACGUAAUCCGUGCAUACAGAGACCAAUUUGAUCACUGUACAGAGAGAAAAUUUGAAUUUAGGCCGUAUGAUGACAUCUUGCCAUAUCUUCCUUAUUAUUGUCGCGAUGGAGCUGGAAUGUGGACUUCACAGGUGCCACUAGUAUUUUUUUAUGUUAUAGAGUUUCACUACCCCGAUCGAUUUUGCCGACAGUUUAGGGGUGUACAGAACGUCCCGCAAGCUGUGCCAUAUAGGCGGGAUUUACAUGCCAUUGACGGUCGUUCAAGUAGACAGAUUAGAGAUUGGAGGGUGUAUCAUGGAGAAUACGUUGAUUUGUGGGAUGAUCGACAUAAUUACUAUGUCGCGAUGAUUCCUAUCCAGCAUAUUGAGGUUACAGGUGCUUACAAAGUAUGGUUUUACCGAUAUGGCAGACGCGUUAUCGGUAACCCGGCUCAUGAUCCACACACGGGUUAUGUCGAAUAUGCAACCGAAUUACACAGAAUGACGCAUGGAUUCCGGGCUAUUUCGUUAGAGUCGACAACCACUUUAGACGAUCCGACCAUUGAUCGAGAUGCAACAUUGACGCGUAUCAAUAACAUCUCUCUAGAUAAUUUAGGUGAGCAUAAUUUUAUAGUCAAUGUACCGGAUGAGGAUUACUAUGCUGCUCGCCAAGAAGACAUUGUGCAAGCUCGUCGUAGUGAUAGAAGGCGAGAGCGUCGACACAUGAGGAGUGGUUUAGUGAGAGGUGGUCGUGUAGGGCGUGGUGAGCAAAACGCAUUCAGUGGUGAACAAUACGUUACUCCGUCUAAAGCCAUAUAUCAUUCUGGUCGAUCACCAAUCAUAUUCGCCCCACCACAUAUAAUAGCGAGUACCCCACGACCAACAUUUAAUAAUGAACCAGUUUACUAUCCCGUUAUAGAUUUUCAAACUGAGCCACCUUUCGAUCAAUAUGGGAUGGGGUUGGACCUUCAACUUGCACCGCCAACUGCUCCUGAGCUACAAGAGGAAGGGGGAAAUGGACCGUUGAGGCGAUCAUCGCGACCACAUGUGGCACCAAGUUGUGGAACUCAUUCUCGGAGAAGGUACUAGUGACAACUACUACAAUGCCGCUGAAAUAUUUAAAUUAGUGAUGACUGCUGCAAUGUAAAAAUACUAUUAAUAUUUUAUGUAUUUGUAACAUGUUUAUGUAAUUGAACCAAAAGUGACUUGUUUACCUAUUUGUUAUUGAAGUGGCAGAUAUAAGAUUAA